CACCACCACGUGUGUCCCCGCGCCCGGCGGCCACCCGACUCAUUCCCUCGCCGGCCGGUCUGGGCAGCGGAGGAGGGUGGUUGGCAGCGGCUGGAGGCUUCGCUAUGGGAAGUUGUUCCUUCGCUCUCUCGCGCCCAGCCCUCCUCCCUGGUUCUCCGCAGCCGCUGUCGGAGGAGAGCACGGGGAGGCGCGGGUUGCAGCCGCGGCUGCUUCUCCCCGCCCGGGCAGCCGCGCAGCUGGGCAGGUGCUGAGCGCCCCCGGAGCCUCCCUCGCCGCCUCCCUCCUCUGUCGGGCUGUCCGGCUGCCGCAGUGCACAUGGGGUGUUGGAGGUAGAUGGGCUCCCGGCUCGGGAGGCGGCGGUGGAUGCGGCGCUGGGCAGAAGCAGCCGCUGAUUCCAGCUGCCGGGGGGCCACGCGCCCCGGGCGCCCUGCGAGCCCCGGGCUCAGCCAUGGGGAUCUCCGCGAGCAGCAGCACCGCCCCGGCCUCCUGCAGCCGCAUCGCCGGAGCCACGAUGAUCGCGGGCUGCCUUUUCCUGCUUGGAUUCCUCAGUACCACCAGGGCUCAGCCGGAACAGAAGGCCCCAAGUCUCAUUGGCAAAUACCACCAUGUCGACCGUGUCACCGGCCAGGUGCUUACCUGCGACAAGUGUCCGGCAGGAACCUAUGUGUCUGAGCACUGUACCAACACAAGCCUGCGUGUCUGCAGCAGCUGCCCCACGGGGACCUUUACCAGACACGAGAACGGCAUUGAGAAAUGCCACGAGUGUAGUCAGCCGUGCCCCCGGCCGAUGAUUGAGAAAUUACCUUGUGCUGCCUUGACUGACCGAGAAUGCACUUGCCCACCUGGCAUGUUCCAGUCAAAUGCUACCUGCGCCCCCCACACGGUGUGCCCUGUGGGUUGGGGGGUGCGGAAGAAGGGGACGGAGAUGGAGGACGUGCGGUGUAAGCAGUGUGCUCGGGGGACCUUCUCUGAUGUGCCUUCCAGUGUGAUGAGAUGCAGAGCGUACACAGACUGUCUGAGUCAGAACCUGGUGGUGAUCAGGCUGGGGACCAAGGAGGCAGACAACGUCUGUGGCACGCUCCCGCCCCUCUCCAGCACCACCCCUCCUUCCCCUGGCACCAUCAGCCCUUCCCGCCCUGAGCACAUGGAACCCCACGAAGUCCCUUCCUCCACUUAUGUUCCCAAAGGCGUGAACUCAACAGAAUCCAACUCUUCUGCCUCUGUUAGACCAAAGGUGCCGAGUGGCAUCCAGGAAGGGACAGUCCCUGAGAACACAAGCUCAGCGAAGGGGGAGGAAGGUACGAACAAGACCCUCCCAAACCUCCAGGUAGUCAACCACCAGCAAGGCCCCCACCACAGACACAUCCUGAAGCUGCUGCCGUCCAUGGAGGCCACCGGGGGCGAGAAGUCCAGCACGCCCAUCAAAGGCCUCAAGAGGGGCCAUCCCAGGCAGAACCCACACAAGCACUUUGACAUCAAUGAGCAUCUGCCUUGGAUGAUCGUGCUUUUCCUGCUGCUGGUGCUUGUGGUGAUAGUGGUGUGCAGCAUCCGGAAAAGCUCGAGGACGCUGAAGAAGGGGCCCCGGCAGGAUCCCAGCACCAUUGUGGAAAAGGCGGGGCUCAAGAAAUCCAUGGCCCCCACCCAGAACCGGGAGAAGUGGGUCUACUACUGCAAUGGCCACGGUAUUGACAUCCUGAAGCUUGUAGCAGCCCAAGUGGGAAGCCAGUGGAAGGAUAUCUAUCAGCUUCUGUGCAAUGCCAGCGAGAGGGAGGUGGCCGCUUUCUCCAACGGGUACACGGCGGACCACGAGCGGGCCUACGCAGCACUGCAGCACUGGACCAUCCGGGGCCCCGAGGCCAGCCUGGCCCAGUUAAUUAGCGCCCUGCGCCAGCACCGGCGCAACGAUGUCGUGGAGAAGAUCCGUGGCCUGAUGGAAGAUACAGCCCAGCUGGAAACUGACAAGCUGGCUCUCCCGAGGAGCCCCAGCCCGCUUAGCACGAGCCCGGUCGCCAGCCCCAACCCGAAACUUGAGAAUUCCACGCUUCUGACGGUGGAGCCCUCCCCGCUGGAUAAGAACAAGGGCUUCUUCGUGGACGAGUCCGAGCCCCUCCUUCGCUGCGACUCCACGUCCAGCGGCUCCUCGGCGCUGAGCAGGACCGGAUCCUUUAUAACCAAAGAAAAGAAGGACACAGUGCUGCGACAGGUGCGCCUGGACCCCUGCGACUUGCAGCCUAUUUUUGAUGACAUGCUCCACAUCCUGAAUCCCGAGGAGCUGCGGGUGAUUGAAGAGAUUCCUCAGGCCGAGGACAAGCUGGACCGGCUGUUUGAGAUCAUUGGAGUCAAGAGCCAGGAAGCCAGCCAGACCCUCCUGGACUCUGUUUAUAGCCAUCUUCCCGACCUGUUGUAGAACACGAGGAAUACUGCACUCUGGAAAUUACUCAAUUUAGUGGCAGGGUGGCGUUUUUAUUCUUAUUUUUUUUUAAUUUUUGUUUUUUGGUGUGUGUGUGUGUGUGUGUGUGUGUGCGCGCGUGCGCGUGUGUGUGUUUAACAGAGUAUAUGGCCAGUGUUUUGAGUUCAUUCUUUCUUUUUAAAAACCCUCCUGGGAAGUUAGCAUAUAAGCCUUUUCAACUGUUUCAGAAUAUCCACCACUGAAGUUUUUUUAGGUUCCAUAUUUUCUCUGUCUUGCCUUCGUAUGUAUUCUCAAAAUUGUUCUGUGCACUUUAAAUUCACUUAAUGUAUCACAAAUACAGUGUGGCUUUUCCCACACACUGGAUUAUGAGGCUCUUAACUUCUUAAAAGUGUCAUAGCAUCUUGUGAAUGCUAUAAGCCGUCUUCAUGUCUCAACAUUCACAUCUGCUUUAUUAUUUUUAUUACUAUUUUAUUAUUUGCCAUUUAUGAAUUUUCUUAAGGGUUCAAGAAACGUAAGACCCCACUGAGUUACUGUAACGCCAUUAGAUCUUGAAGUACCUUUUUAACAUGCCUCGUUGGGUAGUUCAUAUUUAUGGCUGAAACUUGACCACACUGUUGCUGAUUGUAUGGUCUUCACCUGGACACCGUGUUGAAUGCUUGAUUACGUGUGCUCCCCUUACGCUAUUCUGCUCUGGGCUGGAGACAUGAGAUCCUCACAAGCCAUCAUGACUUGCUAUUUGAGUGGCUUGACCACUGGGCCACCAAGGAACUUGAACUUCAACUUUUAGAGAUUGAGCUGUUCUGGAACAUACUGCUGCACUUUGGAAAGUCACAAUUGAAGUGCUGGUGACAAAUGACACCUUUUCCAAAGGGAAUUUGUCCAGCUUUGCUUUACAAGAUGUCUUGUUUUUUAUACACACAUAGUCGAUAGGUCUGGUCUGCCCUCAGGGCCUCGGUCUUGGGGGGUUUCCUUCAUUCAAUCACUUUAGUUAAAAAUGGCUGCAGCUUUAAGAACUCUUGUCUGAUCUAUUUGCAACUCUGCUCCCAUUUAUACACGUGCUCUUUGAUGCUUAGUUGCUGAAUUCUAAUGCAAAGGUGGUGUGGACUCCCUUUGUGUGGGUGGGGUUUGUGGGUAGUGGUGAGGGACUGAUAUCAGAAAACUGCCUUCAAGUGUACUAAUUUAUUAAUAAAUAUUAGGUGUUUGUUACUUGAGUAGUUGAGUGUAUUUAAUCCUUGCCUUGUUCGUGUGCUCAUGUUAUAAUUCUUUGAUUAGUCUCUUGGAAAAGUGUAUUCUAAAACCUGAGCGUUUCUAAUCUGUGAACCAUGCACAGUAGCGAAGGUUUGUGUUUGGAAAAGUACCUAGAGAUUCAUAGAGAAGGGCUUGCAAGCAUUGAGGAUGAACAAGCAUUUCCUAGUUUAUUGGGGGCAAAUCCGAGGCUCCUGCUUUUGAGAUUGUCUCUGCUUUAAGAAAUGAGGAUUUGGAGGUGGAGAGGGAUAAAUGCUGGCUAGGCUUUGGAUUAUAUUCUUCUUAACUCAGUUCCAUCUUGGAAAUUAAUACUCAUGGGUGGGUCUAUAUAAGUUCAUGGGCCUGUCUACACAAGUUCAUAGGCUUCUAUAUGAAACCUUAUUGCCCCUGAUUAACUUCAGGGGGCUUUCUUGGCAGUAUGGCAGGGUAGCAUCUUAUGUUGGUGGGCUAUAUUACAUCAUAUUUUAUCUAUUCUGUUAUAUUUUAUAUUUCAUUGCUUAUCUCCCUUAGUUUGGGAACCCUGGCUCCACAGAAUUCCCACAGCCAGAACCCUUUGAGGGUUCAGCAACUUUGAGUUCCUCUUUCAGGGAGAAAUGGGAAGUAGAUACCCUGUCUGAACACUUUGACACCCAUGUCAGUGACAUGAAAGGGGUUUUCUGGUUUUGUCCGCUUCCAUGUGACUGGUUUCUAGAGCGCCAUCCUGGGAUUUGGUUUCAUGGUUCUCGGGCCAAGUUUCCUUUCCUCUUUGUCACCAGAAGAUAGAAACUCUUCACAAAAGGAAAACAAACCGGAAUGGGUCCUGGAUGGUGUGGAGGAGACAGAUUUUUUUGUUUCUCAGAGGAUUUCAGGACUGCCACUUAUUUUAUGUGGGGUUGAGAACAUCAUAAAUGAUGAAUCAGCGUUAACGGUAAUUUGUAAAUUAUUCAUAGCUUGGAGAUGCUUUUAUUAAUUUUUUACCAGCUUUAUACUUUACAAGGUACUUUUCAUAUUAUGUUAUUGAAUCCUCACAACUAUCCUAUAAGACAGGGACUAUAAUUUGUGCCCAUUUUAUAGAUGAAAAAUAGGCUUAUUUUAAAGGCUAAGGAACUUGCUUAAGGGCCAACAGCAGAGCUGUAGAGAUCAGACUUGAAUCUGAACCCAAGACUGUUUAUUCAGGACUGUUUAUCCAGAACUCUUUUGUCAGGCUGAAACAGUGGACACAGAGAUCAUGGUGAUAACAUUUAUCUGGGUUAUAAGGAAAGCCCUAUACCUAAGUUCAAUAAAUAAUUGUGGAAAUAUAGGGAAGGGGUGGCAUCUCUUGAUGAUCCAGGGGAAAGGGACAUAGGAGUUGUGGUUAAACAGAAGCUGAAUAUUGAAUUAACAUGAUAUAUAGCUUUUCUUAAAAAAAAAAAUAAAAAAGGCAACCUUUAACUGCAGUAUUAAAAAAUAGAAUGUUCUGGGCUUCCCUGGUGGCGCAGUGGUUGGGAGUCCGC